UGCGGCUGCGCCGCUCGCCUAAGGUCAGGCGCCGCGGGGCCGGCGACUUCCGUACUUCCGCUUUCCGGCCCAGCCAGCCAGCGCCCGCGAUGACUGCCACUCUCCGCCCCUACCUGAGUGCCGUGCGGGCCACGCUGCAGGCUGCCCUCUGCCUGGAGAAUUUCUCCUCUCAGGUUGUGGAAAGACACAACAAGCCAGAAGUGGAAGUCAGGAGUAGCAAAGAGCUCCUAUUACAACCUGUUACCAUCAGCAGGAAUGAGAAGGAAAAGGUUCUGAUUGAGGGCUCCAUCAAUUCUGUUCGGGUCAGCAUCGCUGUGAAACAGGCUGAUGAGAUUGAGAAGAUUUUAUGCCAUAAGUUCAUGCGCUUUAUGAUGAUGCGAGCAGAGAACUUCUUCAUCCUACGAAGGAAACCAGUAGAGGGUUAUGACAUCAGUUUUCUCAUCACCAACUUCCACACGGAGCAGAUGUACAAACACAAGUUGGUGGACUUUGUGAUCCACUUCAUGGAGGAGAUCGACAAGGAGAUCAGUGAGAUGAAGCUGUCAGUCAACGCCCGUGCGCGCAUUGUGGCUGAGGAGUUCCUCAAGAACUUUUGAACCAUCUGGCUGGAUCUCACGGCCUCCCCUCAGCCUCCCUGUGUGUGUCUGCGUGUUUCUGCGAAGGCGUGCGUCCUGGAGUCACAUCCUGGAGCGGCGGCGGCGGCAGCAGGGAGCCUGGUUGGGUGGGCACAGAUGCGGGAGGGGGUGGUGUGCUUGCUAGCUGGGCAAGAAGCGGGCAGUGGACCUCUCCUGGGGCCACGCGUGCCUGGUCAGGCUGGCUUCUGAUGUUCAGUCCCCUGGGCUGGGACAGGUUUUUUUUUAAUGUUCUGAAACUUAAACUCUGUGCUUGUAGGAGAAUGUAACCUUUUUGUCUCUCUCUUUUUUUUAAACAAAUAAUCUCCACCUCCAGUGGCUAUGACUGGUCCCAGUGAUUGUACCUUACUGGUCGCUGUGGGUCUGGGCGGGCCUGGAGCCAGAAGGCGACCUUUUUGUCUCCCUGUGUCACCCUGGUGGGGAGGGAGGGAGGUUCCAGACUCGCCUCUCUCCUUCGCUCUCCUGUUUCGAAGCCUCCCUGGGCGCACGAGCGGGAUCCUCUGCCAGUUCCUGGGCUUUGCCUGAAGAUAAGAUGAUCACCCAGCAGUGGUUGGGGACAAGGGCUGAACCCACGAUGACCAGCCAUGCCUGGGAGCUGGGGCCCCAAAGCUAGGCCGCCUCCGGCUGCCGGGCCCCUUGGGUGCCCUUGCAGCCCGAGAGGUGCCAGGCUCGCCUUGCCUGUCAGUGCAGUGCCUGUGCUAGAGGCGGAGAGGUGAGUCCUCCAGAGCUCCUGGCCAGCUCUCCAGCCCGCUCCGCCUCCUCCGCUCCCAUGCGCGCGCUCUCUUCUGAGUCUCGUGGAUCCUCCUUCCCCGAUUAAAGUUUCUUUAUGCCCCUUUGGGGCCGCAUGA